AGCGGAGAUUCAUACUCGCAGACUGGAUUCAACAUCACCACUGGGCCGCUGCCGGAUGCUUCCAACCCGCUGGGCAACCCCACAUUCCCCGGCUACACCACGAGUGGCGGCAAUAACUGGAUCGACAAUCUCAUCACAGAGUACAAUCUUACGCUCAUGUUGAACUAUAACUUUGCCUAUGGAGGCGCGACCACAGACUCAGAUCUUGUUGCCCCCUACGAGCCCGGCGUCCUCAGCCUCAUCGACCAGACCACAGAGUUCAGCGACAGCAUUGCUUCUCAUCCUUCUACGACUCCAUGGACAUCCAACAAUACCCUAUUUGGCGUGUGGAUGGGUGUGAACGACGUGGGAAACUCGUACUAUGAGAGCAAUGUCACUGACAUUUUGGACGCGAUCAUGGUUGUGUAUUUUGACCAACUUCAGAUCAUGUACAACGCUGGAGCCCGCUACUUUGUGCUCCUGAGCGUCCCGCCAAUUCAAGAGACACCAUUCAUGCUUGCAUAUGGAGCGGACGUUGAUGCCGAGGAAGCCGUCAUCAUAGACGAAUACAAUAACCUUCUGGCCAGCAACCUCGCAAACUUCACCUCGACGAAUGCCGGCGUGACUGCGAAGAUCGUCAAUACGACAGUUUCUUUCCAGACCGCGAUUGAUGACCCGCAAGCGUACGGUGCCGCGAACGCGACCUGUUACGAUGAUGACGGAACCACUUGUCUUUGGUGGAAUGACUACCACCCUGCAUUAGCCAUCCAUAAGCUCGUUGCGCAGCAAGUUGCCGCGGCGUUCCAGGGGAUUUUCUUCACCUGA